CAAGAGUUUGAUUCAUUUGGACAAGCUCAUUUUCCCGCCUCCUGCUGUUUCCGCCAAUCUGGUUCCCGAUCAUCCUUUCUCUUUCUCUCCCUCUCUUACAUCAAGUUGAAAUUUUCAUCGGAAUUGAACAUCUACAAGGAAUUUUCCUUAGGUUUCAGCUGGUGCAGGUUGUCGUUUCGUUGUUUUUUUCUCCAGGAAAAUGGAAACAAUGGAGAUAGAAGGACAAGUUAUACAAGAUGAUCAAAUGAGCAACUGCCGGAGUUUUGGCAGUAAUUAUCAUCCAUCUAGCCAAUCAAGAAAAAUUUCGAUUGGCGUUAUGAUAGAUUCAUUAGCAAAGAUAGGAUCUGAAGGUAUGAAGGAUGAUGAGGUUGCAGUGCUAAAUGCAGAAAAGGCAACUUCUAACAGAGGGAGAAAAAACAAGGAGCAAGGACUUGCAGCUGCCAUUAUAAGUAAGCAAAAUGAGGCUCCAGUGCAGGAGAGUUCCCCAUGGAUUAAUACGAAAUCAUUUUACAAAAAGAGACCAAUCAUAGAGACUGUUUAUACAAAACAAACUUCAAGUUUAAACAUUGCUAGGGGCAGGGAAAACAAGGUUAAUGGAGCAAAGGAAACACUAACAACUAGUUCGAUCCAGUUUUUUGCAAACCAGAACUCAAUGUUACAGUCUGGCAAUGGAAAUCAGAAGAAAUUCAACAGAGUUACUGAUAAAAGUAGUGGAGGGAAGGACGGAACCACAGAGAUGGAGGAAUUUCGAUCUUCAGAUGGGCAGGGAGUUGGUGUGUCUGACAAAGUAGGGACAGUGGUGAAAAUCAAUAAAACAGAAAAGAGAACCAGUGAAGCUUUGAAAAUGAAGCUUUGGGAGGUACUGGGAAAUGCAUCUUCACCAAACAAGCAGUUCUUUUCAGGUUCUAAGACUCUUGAGAUGGAUGCAAAUAGUCCGAUGGUAGAGCCAAACUUUGAUCAAAAGGGCAAUACAAUUGUUAAGCCCAGACAGAAUUCAGACUCGAUAGAACCUGAUUCUGAAAGUCCUGAUGCUACUACCAGGAGACCAGUGACUCGUUCUCUGACCCGUAAGAGAGCUCCGACUAAAGUGCAGGCAAAAAAAGUUAAAAGUGGGCCAUCAUCUAGUUGUAAACAGAAACUUAAAGAAAGGAGCAUCUUCUCUUUUAAGGUAGGAUUGUCUGGGGAAUUACAUGAUGCUGUCAAUGGUGUUUUGCAGAAAUCCAUAAAGAAGGGUGAGAGAAAGAGUUGUCGAAUUGAGCCCCGUAAGAUUUGGUUUCCUGAAAAGGAUAAUGCAGAUAGGAUUAAACCAGCAAAUGAUGGAAGCAAAGCACUACCACCAUCUGAGAAAGCAUCAUUGCUUGGUAAUAGAAUGGAGAACUUUCAAGGCUGUCCUCUGAAUAAUGGAGAUGGAGAUCAUGUUGAACCAAAGAAGGGAGACCAAGAAAAAGAUUUCCAUGGUUCACCAGUGACAAAGAAGGCCGAUAAGGUGGGGGAUGUUGACAGUCCAGCAUUAACAAAAAGUGCUGAUGGGCAGGAAGACUUAAGCAAUCCAUCUUUAAAUAUCCUGGAGGAUCCACAAGAUUUCCAUAGCCUGACAUUUCGAAUGAGAACACCCAUGAGAAACUCUUCCCCUUACUCACCCCCAAGGACUGACGGCAUGGAACAGGAUGUUUGCAGUCCUGCUGUAGCCGAGAAAAUAUUUACUUUCGGAGCUAUCCAUUGUUUCAGGACUUUGCCUACUCCAAAACGAGACUGUUAUGGAUCAAAAAUGCAAUCAGAAUCCGAUGAUGCAGAGGAGCUUAGAGUUUCUCCUACCAAGAAAUCUGUGCCUAUUGUGAAAGAAAAAGAUGAAGGAAAUGAAUCGUCUAAAUCAUCAUCUGAAGAAAGGGACUCUGAUUGCUUUAAAGAAAUUUCACCCAUUGAUCAAGGAUAUCACAGCUCUCAAGAAACAGAUAUAUUUUCUCCAGAAAUUGUUCCUGCUGACACACCAAAGUUCACGCUUCGUCCAGCUAAAAGGCUCCGGAGCCAUGGAGGCAUUAAAUUUAAUGAAUUCAGUCCUGAUCCACUCUUCCCCAAAGGAACUGAAGGAAGUACGGAGUUCCAGUGUUUUUCAGAGCAGAACCAAGAGGAUGGGCUGUCAAGGGCCAUCUCUCUGUUUUCCUUGGCUCUAGAGAGAAUGAAAAGCAAAAUGGAGACAGAGACUAGUAAAAGAUCCUCUGAAAUUGUGAUGUCUGUUGCUGAGGGAAUACACUUGCAACUGCAGAAUGUCCAAUCUCAGAUGCAGAAAGAUGUAGGGAAGCUGACAAGCCUCAGUAAAUUAAAAAGAAAACGCCUGGAAACAAGAUUUCAAGAGCAACAAGAACAGCUAAAGCUAAUACAUGAAAAGUUUAAAGAUGAGAUCAAUCAGCAUAUCCAGGACUGCAGAAGCUCAAUUGAAGGGCUGGAAGUGCACCAAAUUGAGCUUAAGAGAAAUGUGGAGAGGCAAAAAGCAUCACACCAGAAGCUUCUCUUGCAAGUGGAAGAAGCAAUUGAGAUCCAACUCAAUGAUGCGCAACAAAGAAUCACAGCCAUCCACAAGAUGGCCAGGCAAAAGAUGCUCCAAUUGAAGCUUGUACUAGGUGAAUGUCUGAAAGAUGGCAUUCUCAGUUGAAAUAAUUUUCACUGCUAGCUACCAAGAUGGAGAUUUCGCUCAAAGUUUGACAAGAGGCCUCAAGAUUUUGUCCAUGUUUAGAAGCUUUUGCACCUUAUAGCUAUAUGGUCCUAUUACCAUCUUCUACUUUGGAAUUUAUUGUACAUCUUUCCACUGUUUCUGGAACUUCUCUUAGUUGUGAAGAUAGCCCAAUUCUCUGUUAAUGGUUUAUGACUUCAAAUUA